AUGAUCCUAGGUCCAGGAACCAUCCAGUCAGAGUCAGCUGCCCAGGCUGGCCAAGCCAGCUUUGCGGGCAGGCCCCUUGGAGGCCCGCCCACGAGAAGCUCCGCCCCCGGGAGCCCGUCACCACCCCGCAGGAUCCCUCCCACACGAAGCUCCGCCCUCCCGCGAGAAGCUCCGCCCAUAGGAACCCGCCCACGAGAAGUCCCUCCUGCUUCCCUCCCACUUGCAUGCACGGAUCUCCAAGAGAAGCUCAGUCUGUGGGAAGCCCCACCCACGACAGUCUCGCUGCCUGGCUUGCAGAGCUUUGGGCUGUUUUGGGGACCCGUGAACGAGGAGUGGGCGCUGAGCAUGGCGACGGGCUCCUCCUUGCUGCUGUGCUCGGCGCUCCUGGCCGCGGGGUGCGCGCUGGGCCUGCGCCUAGGCCGCGGGCGGAGCGCGGUGGAGCGUGGGGUGCUCGCCUGGCUCUGUUACGAUGCCCUGGUGCAUUUCGUGCUGGAAGGCGCGUUCGUCUACUUGUCUUUAGUAGGAAAUGUUGCAGAUUCCCAAGGCUUGAUUGCAUCUUUAUGGAAAGAAUACGGCAAGGCUGACACACGAUGGCUGUAUUUUGACCCAACCAUUGUGUCUUUGGAAAUUCUGACUGUUGUUUUGGAUGGGAUUCUGGCAUUGGUUCUCAUUUACGCCAUAGUCAAGGAGAAAUAUUACCGGCAUUUCAUCCAGGUGACCUUGUGUGUGUGUGAACUCUACGGUGGCUGGAUGACCUUCUUCCCCGAGUGGCUUGUUGGAAGCCCCAACCUCAACACCGAGAGCUGGCUCUACUUUUGGGUCUACUUGCUGUUUUUUAAUGGCUUGUGGGUUCUGAUCCCAGGACUGCUGCUGUGGCAGUCGUGGAGGGAGCUGAAGGAGACGCAUUACCAAAGGGCCCACUUAGAGAAAAAGCACUUGUAAAUUCUCAAAACGUUCCAUGUGAAGGUCUGCUAGUUGAUCAGAUAUUCCAAUAAAUACUUCCUUUUUCA